AUGCAACGUUCAUCGAUGUAUGCACGAAUAUGCACGUCUACAGAACUUACAAUAGAAUUUGGAACCCCAGAAUCUUUAAUCAUCGUAAAUAAAGUACAAAAUCUUGAUCUACAAUGUCUAUCACCAAACCAUACUCAAGUCAUGUAUUCAUUUAGGGAGGAUUCCUCAUUGUCCGCCAGUUUAGCUAUAAACGUGGACCCCAAUCUUGUCAUUCGCAACAACACGUCCGAUCUGAUAGUAGAGAUGCAGAACGUGUACAGUUCGAACAAAGAGUUCAACUUUGAUAUGCCAGGUACAGAGCAAGAUCCGUUAAAUGACAAUUGUCUUGCAACUAGCUUUCAACCUGACUUUGAAACCAAUAUUUUUAUGGGCUCCUCUACUGAAAGUGAGGUGACGACACACCAACGUAUAAUUAGCCAGGAUCCCCAACAGGCCCAAAGAGCAGAUUCGAAUGAAAGCUUCGACACAAGUCCAAAAGCGGGCAGUCACAUUAUAUGUUUUCAAUUGGACAACCGAAGUAGUUUCAAGGAAGCCAAUCCAGGAUUAGUCAAUCCGUUCGAAACUACCCCACCAUUGAGAGAAGACCUAUUGUUAUCCCUCCCGCCUCAAAAUUUCAUCUCCACAUACCUUCUAAAAAAUAGAGGGGAUGACGGGGUGGGAGUUAAUGAGCAUGUCUCUGAGACGAAACCAGUCAAUAUGGAUGAGAUUGGUCCAACUGGAAACAAUAUCGAUGAUUUCUCGUCCAGUUUCACAGCAGAAAAUAUGAGGCAUACUAGCGUUGUUUUACUGAACAGCAGUGAAUUCUGCACAGAGAUCAGUCAACAACUAGAUUUUUUGAAAGAACAACAGGAGUUCGAAGAGUCAAACAGUGUGGUUUCCAACCAGCACUCCCUGGCCUCCCCAGAAGAGGAGUGCUCACUUGCUAGCCUCAGGAUUCCCAACAAUAUCUCAUUGCAUCACUUGAAGAAGGAAUCAAAAUUUCACUAUGCAACUCAAAACCAGGGAUAUUUGACCACAUACUCUCCUCGGGUCUAUAGGACACCCAAGAACAACAAAAAUGGAACUCAAGGGAUGUGCCCCUACUGUGUUUUCGAUUGCUCAGAUGUUGAAGAGCAGAACUUACUUUUCUUCGGAAUGAAAGAUUCAAGCUACGUUCAUCAUUUGGGCAAAAAUCACGGCAUAUAUGCAGAUGGAAGUGUAAUGCCUGAUCCCAUGUUCAUUAUACCUAAUUAUGCUUUCACUGAAGCCAAACGGGGCAAGAAGAAGAAAUCUCAAGGGUCCUCGGAGACAAAAACCGUAAUCGCCAAUGGGGCCAUAUGUCCUAACCCAUCAUGUGUUGAGGGAACGAGGCAUAUCAUUCCAAUCAAAGUCGGAGAUCAGAUGCAGGGUUCAAGAAGUUCUAACAAGUUUCUAGCCUAUCUCAGACACCACUACGAGCAGCAUAAGAAGGAUACUCGAGUGACUAAUAAAUCGAUAGCAUAUGUCAAACAGAAAAUGAGACAUCAAUGA